AUGAGGACUGUCUACACGGUUUUCUUCCUGGUGGCGGUAUCGUUCUUUGCCGAUAUAGUAGUGGCCGGCGUUGUGCACAUCCGAAAGGGGUUUCAACAGGACGAACAAUCAGCCACCCAGCAAACGCUUCGAAUUAAAAGACAACUGCUUCCGGUGUUGGGUGGUGGAUUUCCGCGCGGCUUUCAACCCAAUUUCUUCAACUCCCAACGCGGAGGCUUCAACGGAUUUUCCGGAGCCGGUGCAUCUUCGAAUGCGCUGAGUCAAAACUUUGGGGGAGCCGGUUUUUCUAGUUCGAACGCAAAUGCUGACGCGUUCAGCCAAUCAUUUGGACUCGGUCAAGGAGCUGGAGCUUCGGCCGCGAAUGCUCAGGCACAAUCGUUCCAGGCCGGUGGUCCAUUCGGUUCAUUUGGGGCGUCCGCAGCGAAUGCGGCCAGCCAAGGAUUCAGUGCCGGACCGGAUGGGCUGAGCGGAUCGGCGUCUUUCGCCGGUAGCCAAACGUACAAUUUUCCCGGCGAUCACAAGAUUUCACUCGCCUAUUCGAACGGAUUUUCGCUCGCCAACGGACAACCGUCGGCAUCGAAUGGGUUCAGCAUUUCCGAAAGUAAAUGA